AUGUCCUAUCAAUCGGACUAUCAGAAUGACCACAAGCAAGGUGGCUACGGAGGAGGUGGUGCACCUGCCAGUGCGGAGGGGGAUCAUCGUCCCCUGCCCGAAGGCUGGGUCGCCCAGUUCGAUCCGACGCGAGUUACUUAAUUAGUUUGCUGCUGGUGGUGGUGGCGACGGCGACGGCGACGGCGACGGGCUGCCACUGCAGUGCCCGUGUGAGCGUGGCGAACUGACGAACUGAUGUUUUUGAGUUUGUUUUUUGAUUCCGAGUAGGCACUCGAGGAUAUUUUCGGUCGAUACAAAGGUCAGUCAUUUGAGCGAUGCAUCUGCUGCCAGGCCAUGCAGUCGUAAGCUGACGGUGCGACCCCCCACCUUCUCUCGAAUGGCUUGGCACCGCCACACACUACGCUCUCCCGCUCAACUUGUCAGGCGAACCCUCCACGAUCGAUCUGGACUCACCCCUUGGACGACCCUACCUACCUCGAAACUCAACGAUCCCAAACUUCUUACGCCCCACCUCCCGGACCACCCCCUCCUUCCUCAUCGAACGCGCUCAACAAUCGAGACGACGGGCCUUAUGGUCAACAACAACAAUACGGUCAAUAUGGUCAACAAAGCUACGGUCAACCUUCGCCCAUCUCCCCUACUACCCCUAACGGAGCAGGAUUCGCUAAUUCUCCUCCACCACCAUCACAACCACAAAAGAAGGGUGGAUUGGGAGGCUUGUUCUCCAAGUUUUCGGGGGGAGGUAAGACGCAACAACAACAACAGGGGUACUAUCCUCAACAAGGCUAUGGGCAACAACAGGGUUAUUAUCCUCAGCAACAGGGAGGGUAUAUGGGUGGUCAAGGCGGGAGGAUGGGCGGUGGUGGCAUGAUGGGUGGUGGGGGGAGGACCGGCGGUGGUAUGAAUCCUGUACGUCUUGACGCUGUGCUUGCACUGCUUUUUGGAAAGAGAGAGAGAGAGAGGAGGAAAAUAAGCUGACUCCACUUUUCGUCCCUUUUCGAUCGAACCAGAUGAUGAUGAUGGGUGGUGGUUUACUCGCCGGUGGUUUGCUCGGCGCAGGUCUAUCCAAUAUGGACAACCAUCAUGAUGAACAACAGGCUUAUCAGGAUGGCUACCAAGAUGGAGGAGGAGGGGGAGACGAUUUUGGUGGAGGUGGCGACGAUUUCGGUGGGGGCGGAGAUUUCUAG